AUGCAUUUCCUACUUAUAUCAUUUCUCAUACUACACGUAGAAGCUAGGCGUUACAAAAAUUAUAAACAUAAAGAACCAGUUAAUCCAGAUCUCAAGUUGCCAAACAUUUUACCUGAAACCUACCAAUAUCCAGUUCGUGUUGAUCGCGUCAACGUAAGAGGCUACGGAGACAUAGAUUUUAAGGAGCCAUUUGACAUUCUGGAACAUCAUUUGGACAUAAUAAAGGAUCCCCACAGAGAAGCCCAGAAAACCCUAGUACGUGAUGGGCAGAGGAUAAAAUGGAAGCGGAAAAAGGAGAACCCUGCUGCAUUCCUGAGUCCUAGAGACGAGAUGAUGUAUUAUAAAAAGAAUGCAAUAAUAAAUAAUAGUGCAAACUACGCUAAAAUGUAUGAUUUUACACACCUGCUUGAAAGCAAUCUAGCAAAAGAAGUGGUAGAUGCUCCUGCUACAACUAAAAAUUUAAAAAAGAAAACAAAUGAAGUUAUAACACAUAAGACUCCUAGAGUUAACGUCAGCAGCCUUUUUGAAGAUAACUCUUUUUAUUUAAAAUCUAAUGAGGUGAAGGUAAAAUGGACGAGUUGCGACGAGUUUGCCAGAGGAGCUCUGUUCCAUCCUGAUGAUAUAGUUAAUACACAAUGGCUGCCUUUUUACAUCUGGUCUAUAAGGAAUUUUGUAGGAGCCAAGAUCCAUAGAUUUGCAUACCCCACCAAGAAGGUCGUGCAAUACUACAAAACAAUCUACGGGCCAUAUGUAGGGAAACUGGAUUGGAAGCAACCGAAACUACUCUUGAAGGAGGCAAGAGAGAUGUUAUUGAUAGCAGGAGACAGAAAAGGACUCUUCUACGGCGUUCCCAGACAUGAGCUGUCGGAUGCAGUCAGAAAAAAUAAUUUAACGCUGCCUCUAAUAAAACUGAGACUUAAGAUCCAAAAUCCGUAUCUGGCACUAAUGUAUUGUGAGGAAAACUAUGCGAUCAUUAUGGCGGAGCUGGGAACCGAACCAGCAACUGACACUGAGAAGACUGCAGAAGCUGCUACUCUCAAGUUCACUGGUAUGGGGAAACCAGUCUCUAGAAAUAUAGAAGAAGAGAUGUUUCUUCGUGAAUUAGAAAUGAAGCGAAGACAAGAAGCUGAACCCAAGAAAUAUAUUGAUGUAUUUAAAGGUGUACCGACAAAUCAGUAGAAUAUAUGUUUAGCAGGUAAUAAAAUAUAUUGGGUUUA